AUGACAACUGAGCAGAGUCGUGUUAGUAUACCUACUGUAACAGAUGGCCAAGAAUGGCCCUUUCCCUAUCGAAUCUACCUCAACUGCGUCACCUGGACUCUGCGCAAACUUGUAUCAUUUCUGACCGGUCCAAAUGAAGGUCAUGAUCGGGAAGUCAAAAUCAGCACCCCAGGUUUGGGAGCGGGCUAUGUUAUCUGCAAUGUAUGGCUACCCAGCCCUACAGACGAUGUUCAAUUCAAGUAUCCACUGGUGUUGGUUCUAGAAGGCGGUGGUUUUGUAUUGGGACAUCCAAAGGAUGGGCGGUUAAAUAACCGUCGAAUUGUUGAACAGACUGGAGCAAUUGUCAUGUCGGUUAACUACGCCAAAGCGCCUCGAUACCCUUAUCCCCAUGCUUUACUACAAGCUUAUGAAUCGCUACGUUGGGCCAUGACAUCCCCAGCUGCCCGUGAAGGCAUCUGUGUUGAUCCGCGCCGCGUUGCGAUCGGAAGAAAUUCUGCCGGCGGUAAUCUGACAGCAGCGUUAUCGCUAUUACUAUCCUUUCGAGGUGGUCCUUGUUCCAUCUUUAGGGAACAUCUACCACUGGACUUCAAACAGGUCUUCCAUUUCAUGCUGUAUCCCAGCCUUGAGCUUCGCUUGCCGUACAAUCUAAGACUCGCCGGGUCUACAAGCGAUGCCCAGAAUCACAGCCUACCCGCUUGGAUGGCCAGAGCAAUGGAGCAGUCAUAUCUGCCGCCGAGAGUCUGCAAAGACGACAUCUUUGUAUCUCCCGUCGCUGCUGGUGUAGACCUGCUCCGUGAGCUGGAUAUUGCACCUGCUGUACUGUUCACCGGUAGCCUCGAUUGCCUCAAAGAGGAGGGUUUCUGUUAUGCGCAAAAUCUUGCGAAAAGCGGCAAGGAAAUCACUUUCCAUGAAUUUGAAGACGGUACUCACGGGUUCUCAGUUAAACCGCAGGAUGGGAACAUGGAGGCACAGAUCAUCUACAAGGAGUGUUGGACUAGAAUAUGCCAUUCCCUUAAAGAGAUGUUCUCAUAG